UUCGCCUGCACCUCAAUCUGUUCUGCAUCUUUCCACCGGACCGCAGUGGGUUUACCCGACCGUAAAAGACUACAUCUACACCACAAGAGAAUACAGACAGAGCGUGUUUCACCGGUCUGUUUGAUUGAAGGAGCACACAGCACAAGGCGAAAUCACUGACUGGCUUUCUCAUUGCACUCUUCCCUGGCUGGUAGUGGGAUGCAGGAUACGCAGCAUCACCGGCUUCGUUAGAAUAAGCCUAAUAUAUAGAGACCUUCCUGUUCAGUGGGCCUAUCAGAUAUCAAGGCAACGUAAGUAGUCAAGACUAAAAGUGUGAAAAGGACUGCUUUCUUCGGGGGAUAAAGUGAAAAGGGUUAUUUUUCCAACUAUUUGGGAUGUGGAUGUUUUUUGAUUCACGGGGCGCGCUGAUGCCCCACAUUACGGAAACAUAUUUUAUCGUCUAAAGAUCAGAUUUAACUGGACUGCUGUUGCUGUGAUCUGUAACACGUUUUACUGCACAUCUCUCUGCCUCGGUGUGUGGAGGGAGGCACGGAACAACAUCCAGAGAACUAUAAAGAGGGGGAAUUGAGUUACAUUGCAAUUACGCUUUUCUUGCAAAACGACGUAUUCCUGCAGGCAGCGGACACUCACGGAAAAGCUGAUCCAAACUAACAGAGAAUUUAUUUCCGAACUGGACAACAGACAGAACACAGAUUACCAGUGUGCAUUCGCAGUAGCCAGAAUACAGAGCCCAAACUGUGUGUGUGCAUAUAUACACACUUGUGCGAGAGCCGGGGCACACACUGUAUGUGUAUGUGAGAUGAGGAGAAGCUAAGUGGCUACCACAACCACCCAGAUCAGACAGCCUCCUGCGCUGCAAGAUGGAUUAGAGCCUCACACCUCAGGAGAUCAAAGGUGGCUGUGACAGGGGCACCCCCGGGGCAGGACCCAUGAGGAGUCAUAGAAGAUGCUCACAGCCUGGGCGCUUCUGCUCUUCUUAGCCAUGUGGGUGAGAAGCACCGCUGGUGGCCCUCUCUCCUUCAGACUAGCUGCCAUUCUUGAUGACCCUAUGGAGUGCAGUAGAGGAGAGCGUUUGGCCAUAACACUGGCCAAAGAAACCAUCAACAGGAGCACUAACCGCUCCACCACCGGCAAGCUGGAGGUGGACAUCUUUGAACUGCUGAGAGACAGUGAAUAUGAGAUGGGGGAAACAAUGUGCCAGAUUAUGUCGAAAGGGGUGGUAGCAGUCCUCGGUCCCUCUGCCAGCCCGGCCUCCAACUCCAUCAUCAGCAAUAUCUGUGGAGAGAAAGAGGUGCCCUAUGUCAAGGUGGCUCCAGAGGACAUUCUGAAGGUUCAGUUCCCUCGCUUCACCACUCUGGACAUGAGGCCGACCAACACGGACAUCAGCCUGGCUGUGGCCGGCCUUCUCACCUUCUUUAACAGCACCACCUCCUGCCUCAUCUGUGCACAGGCUGACUGCUUAUUGAACCUGGAGCAGCUCCUCAGGCAGUUCCUCAUCUCCAAGGAGACUUUGUCAGUGCGCAUGCUUGAUGACAGCAACGACCCGACCCCGCUCCUGAAGGAGAUACGAGAUGACAAGACUGCCACUAUUAUAGUUGAUGCCAACGCCACCAUGUCACAUAUCAUUCUGGAACGGGCAUCAGAGCUGGGGAUGCUGUCAGUCUACUACACUUACAUCUUCACCUCUCUGGAAUUCUCUCUACUUCGACUGGACGACGUGGUGGAACAACAAGUCAACAUAGUUGGAUUUUCAGUCUUCAACCAAACUCAUCCCUUCUUCCAGGAUUUUGUGCUAAGCCUCAACCGCUCCUGGCAAGAGAACUGUGACCAUGCACCCUUCGCUGGCACCCCACUCUCCUCAGCCCUGCUCUUUGAUGCAGUAUACGCGGUGGUGGCGGCCGUCCAGGAGCUGAACCGUAGCCAAAAUGUUGGCGCCACCCAGCUCUCCUGCAAGUCCUCCAAGAUUUGGGAGCACGGCACCAGCCUGAUGAAUUACCUGAGGAUGGUAGAAUUGGAAGGUCUAACGGGCCACAUUGAAUUCAACAGCAAAGGUCAGAGGUCUAACUACAUCCUGAGGAUCAUGCAGAACAGCAAAGAUGGCCUAAGGCAGAUUGGCCUGUGGCACUCUGAAGGUGGACUGUCCAUGGAGAGAAAGCUUCCAUCAAUCAACGUGACGGACACACUCUUCAACACUACUCUUACCAUCACGACAAUAUUAGAGAAUCCAUAUGUGAUGCUGCGGCCAAACCACCAAGAACUUGAGGGAAAUGAUCGCUACGAAGGCUUCUGUGUGGACAUGCUGAAAGAGCUAGCAGAUAUUCUCAAGUUCAAGUAUCGAAUCCGGUUGGUGGGGGACGGACUGUACGGGGUUCCUGGGGCCAACGGAUCGUGGACCGGCAUGGUGGGAGAGCUAAUCUCGCGGAAAGCUGAUCUGGCAGUUGCAGGCCUCACCAUCACGGCAGAGCGUGAAAAGGUCAUCGACUUUUCCAAGCCCUACAUGACCCUCGGCAUCAGCAUUAUGUACCGCGUCCACCUGGGACGUAGACCAGGCUACUUCUCCUUUCUGGAUCCAUUCUCCCCUGGUGUCUGGCUCUUCAUGCUUCUAGCAUACUUGGCUGUCAGCUGUGUCCUGUUUCUUGUAGCCAGAUUGACACCGUAUGAGUGGUACAACCCCCACCCCUGUCUAAAGGGUCGUUGUAACCUGCUGAUCAACCAAUACUCACUUGGCAACAGUUUCUGGUUCCCUGUUGGAGGCUUCAUGCAGCAAGGAUCCACCAUUGCUCCCAGAGCUUUGUCCACACGUUGUGUCAGUGGAGUGUGGUGGGCCUUCACAUUAAUCAUCAUCUCAUCCUACACCGCCAACCUGGCUGCCUUCCUAACAGUCCAAAGGAUGGAGGUGCCAAUUGAGUCAGUCGACGACCUUGCAGAUCAGACGGCGAUAGAGUACGGCACCAUGCACGGAGGAUCCACUAUGACCUUCUUCCAGAACUCUCGCUACCAGACCUACCAGAGGAUGUGGAACUUCAUGCACUCAAAACAGCCCAGUGUUUUUGUAAAGAGCACGGAGGAGGGCAUCGCCCGUGUCCUCAACUCCAACUAUGCUUACCUGCUAGAGAGCACCAUGAACGAGUACUACCGUCAGAGGAACUGCAACCUGACUCAAAUUGGAGGACUGCUGGAUACGAAGGGCUACGGCAUCGGCAUGCCACCGGGGUCUGUGUACCGUGAUGAGUUUGACCUGGCCAUCCUCAAAAUACAGGAAGACAAUCGUUUGGAAAUCCUCAAGAGGAAGUGGUGGGACGGUGGCAAGUGUCCAAAAGAGGAGGACCACCGUGCCAAAGGUCUGGGCAUGGAGAAUAUCGGCGGUAUCUUCGUGGUGCUGGUGUGUGGCCUGCUGGUGGCUAUCUUCAUGGCAGUGCUAGAAUUUGUCUGGAUGUUAAGACAGGCUCCAGGAAAUGAGCAGUCAAUGUGUGAGGAGAUGCUGCGGGAGCUCCACGGGAUCGUCCUGUGUCGCGACAGCCUGCAGGUGAGGCGCAGGCGGACGGCUUCGACGCUGCGGCCGCGGCCCCUUCCCCUGGAGGAGCGUCGUGCUCGAGCAGCCGCUGUCAGCCUCAGCAACGGCAAGCUGUGCGGGGGGACCGGACUACCUGAGCCUCUCUCCCACAGACUGGCACAGGAGGCUGCCUUGGUUGCGAGAGGCUGCAGUCACAUUCGCAUUUGCCCUGAUUGCCGGCGCUUCCAGGGACUGAGGAUGCAUCCUGGAGGGGCCAUUGGGGCCCUCCCUUCUCCCACGCACAGUGAGGAGAGCAUAGAGUGGGACAAAACCACAAAUAGCAGUGAACCUGAAUAACGCCCGGCAAUCCCAGCAGGAAUGACUUUCACAGCAGCCACCUCUCUACUUUCCAGGGAUCAAAGUUCACUUCACGUAUUUUCAUUCAGCCAUGCAGAACUUGAUCUUAAAGGGCAUGGCAGUGCUGUGAACUUUCUGCCCAUGAAGCAGAAGCUAGUAGUUUUGGAAUCUCCUUGGGUGAAUGUUUUCCUCGGUCAUAGGAGAAACUGAUGAGUCUGUCUCAUUGUGGUCUGUCCCUGUUGGCCUUCUGUACUGUGGACAAAAAAGCAACGGGGCAUUUGUACUAUGCAGUAUUUUCAGUCAUUUGUCAUAGUGCUGUUUCUUUUUUUCCUUUUUAAGUUAUUUCUGUCCUCUGUUGGAUUAUCAGUACUGAAUAUUGUUAUUCUAUUGUUCUACAAGAAAAUGUUAAACAAGUUCCUUUUUUUUAUCUGACAGUUAACUGUAUGAACGUAUAUUGCCUCUGAAGAGCUGCCGAGAUGAACAGACUAAUGCAAGAUCAUCCUCCAAAUCCUUUUAUUUUGAAAGUGCCAAAAACCAUGAGUAUUAUCUUGUGGCUGAAGAAAGCACCACAGCCUUGAGAAGACAACAAACUCAACUGAACCUACAAAACAAACACACAGAGACAGACACACGGACUUCUUUUAUAGUAGUGAUAUUCUAUUAAAAAAAUGUUUUAACUGUUGGUAUCUCUGAAAGACAGCGAUGCAUGUCCAGCGAUGUUGGUAAGGUAAGGCAAGGCAAGGCAAGGCAAGUUUAUUUAUAUAGCACUUUUCAACACAAGGCAAUUCAAAGUGCUUUACAAAAAAUGAAAGACAUUAAGAAAAAGGCAUUUAAAAUCAGUCAUUAAAAAGAAAAGCUAAGAAAAUAAACAUUAAAAGAAAAAGUACAUGGAUAAAAGUUUCAGUGCAGUCUAAGAUAUGAAUAGUUCAAUUAAACAUUAAAAGAAAAAGUACAUGGAUAAAAGUUUCAGUGCAGUCUAAGAUAUGAAUAGUUCAAUUAAGGUCAAUUGGUAGGUGCUCAUUAAAUGAUAAAUGAUAAAGUGAAUAAAUGAUUUCCUGUUUUGAAUACCUGUUAAAGGAAAUGAUGGCUACACACACAAUGUGCAUCCAUUAUUUCCCUCCUCACUUUUGUCUUGACAUUACUUUCUCCUUGAUCUUUGACACCAGUACAUGAAUUGUCUUAUCACCUGUCAUUUGUUAUGUCUCACUUAAAAAUAUGCACGCUGUCUCCUGUGUAGUCUGCAAAAGAUUAGAGGUAUAUUCAAGAAGGAUUCAGGUUAAAUGAGUACAAGCCAGUAUGUGAUUAAAACCCUACUGUUAUCAGAGCCAACUGCAAACAUGGAGACCCUGGUAAAGCAAAGAUGUUUCUUUAUUUACAUUUUAUUUAAAUUAUUUUAAAAUGUUACGGCAGUAAACAUUCACAAAAUCUGAUGUUUGACACACUGCUCCGAGGAGUUUUUUCAGUUCAGAUCAGCCAAGAUGCUCUCAUUAUCAUAAUUUUAUUUUUGCAAAAUCCCAAAUAUAGCACAUUUGAAUCAAUUCCUGACAUAUUUUAUUUGAAAACUGAUGAAGAACAUAACUAUACUGGUUGCAUUUGUGUAGACUGUAUUAAUCUUUAUUUGAACUUUAAACCACCAGCAUCACGAUUCUUAGGUUACUUCCUGCAUAGACUGCGACCAAUGGCUUAGUAUUUUUCUAGUGAACUAACCAGUUUGAAGGUCUAUGAGAGCUUGACUGUUGCACAGUGGGAAUCAAUGGGCAUCCACCUGUCUUCACCGCUUCUUGCUUAUGUCUGAUAUGUGGAUCAUCUUGUAUCUGUCCAUCAGGCUCUGUCAGUCACCAUCCCUCAGAACUAGGCCACCUACUCAACACAGCUCCAAGGUACCACUGCAGCAUUUCUCCUCAACGUUCAAUUUCUAUCUUUUGUCAUCUUUCACCUGCAGUUUUUCACGAUUGAAAUUCUCGACAUAUGCUCUCUUGAAAAUGAGUCGAUGUUAAAUUCAAGUGUUCGACUUAUUGAUCAUUCAACAUGUAUUUUUGUUUCUGUUUUUCAAGGUUGUGUCAAUAGGUGACACCUCAUUGUUGUGACAUAUCAUAAAAUCAAUAUAAAUCACAAAUCCAGCAGGAUAAAUCAAAACCACCACUUUAAUUUGGUGGUGGCGAAGUCCAUAGGGACUUGGCUUGGCAACUGGAAGGUCACCAGUUCAAGUCCCGGCAAGACCAAGUGCUACCGAGGUGUCCGUGAGCAAGGCACUGUUCCCUACACUGCUCCCCGGGUGCCGUACAUAAUAAUGGCAGCCCACUGCUCCUAACACUAGGAUGGGUCAAAUGCAGAGAAACCGUUUUGUUACCUGUACCUGUACUAGUACCUGUAAUGACAAUAAAAGUUUUUGUUUUUUUUAAAUGUAUCUUCGACACAUAACGAAGCAUACUUAAAUCCUACAAGGUUCUUAUUACAAAGUUCCAUCAAACGAAUGAAAGAAGGAAUUAUUAAUGAUUAGAGUAACCAUAGAACUUAGAUAGUUCAUUAUCCCCUCUAUAUUGAGAUACAUCUGAAAGUUGAAUAUAUGAAUGAAAAUGGUCCCAAAAGCCUUAGAAAAUAAACCCACCCUCUCAGGUUGCCAUUUCUCUACCAAUAGAAAUAGUUAUUAUUCCUGGAGAAAUAACUUAAAUAUUGGGGAAACAUUUUUAAUUCCUAUACAACAAAGAUACAUGAUGAAUCCUAAUGAGUGUCCUACCUACAUACAGAUGUCCAUAUUGUAUGUGUGGAUGUUUAUGCUGCAUCCUAAGAACAUAAAUCUCAGAUCUCACACAUACACAAACUGACACAUAUGUGAGUGUCACCUUGUUGUCAAAUCAUUCUGUCAUUUGCAUUGAGGGCCGUGAUUGGUAUGCAGUUUUAGGAGCUGAAAUUGUGCUGGAUCAAGUGCUGACAGAGCUGGAAGGAACUCUAGCGCAAUUGUACUAACUUUAGAGUUUUCUGUGAAUUAAUGAUUCUGAACAAAUUGGCUGACUGGAAUCACAAGUGAGAGGAAUUUCUAAUCGAGAGACCCCCCUCCCCUCCCCCACUUUUUCAAUAUCAGUCCAAUCAUUUACUGAAAGUGUUUCAGCACUUCAGAUGGCAUUUGAAAUCAGGUCUGCAUUGUGUCUUAACUCCCACGUGUACACAUCAGUGUUUGAAACUGCACUGAAUCUGCUUUACUUUGGCACCGAACAGAAUGACUGGGAGUCACAGAGGAAUUAUCAUCUGCUGAAGCACCAAUAGUGCCAAUGUACCUAAUCUUCAACUAAUUAAUUAUUAAUGCCCCACAGAUGGUUUGUACAUACAGUAUGAUCAACAUGUUCCAGUAAUGGUCCAAUGUGUUGUUGUUUUUUUGUCACAGUAACAAGUUCAUUAUGUUAAUGAGACAGACCUACAUGUUUAUUAUGGUAUAGGGAAACAUAAUGCCAUUUGAACACACAUACAGAAAGUCUUCAUAGACAGCCAAUGGUAACUUUCUAUUUUUCUUUAUAUAAUAACUUGUUAUAGUUUAUUUGCCAAGCAUAUAGAGAAAACCCACAUUCCAUUACCAGUUUUAUAAAAAAAGUUCCUAUUCAUUUGCUGAAUGUCACUAAGAAACUCAUGAGAGUAGGAAAGCUCUCGCUUCACCCCGAUGCUAACUUCUUGAGCACUAAAAACAUUUACAGGGGUGCUAAAUCAAGCGUAGUUGGAAUGAGAUUGCCAAUUACCUUGAACGCCUGGAGAGCGGUAGAGUAAGAAUUAAAACAGGUCCCACUGAAACACUUGGUGACCUUAGCAUCACAGAGCAAACUGGCAGGGUUUGGCUGCUGUAUUUUAUAUCCUUUAUUUUGUUAUUGACAUUUUUAUGCCAUUAUAAAGACAUUUCUUAAAACAACCUUCCGUUCUGUGGGGUUCUGCUUUUACUCUGAUGUAUUUGACCUUCUGAGCUAUUUAGAUCUGCAAUGCUAAACAGGGUCUGGGUUCACUUAUUAUUCCACCAGAAGAAAUAUUCAGACAGUGCACUUAGUUUGUUGGGACAUAAUACGCAUGCAGGGAAGCAGUUUGAGGAUGUAUGGGUUUCUAUCUGAGUAAACAUGACGAUGUUACGUGAACCAGAAGGAGUUCAUGCAUUUACCUCUCGUUUAUCUCCCAUAACUGAGAUAAUGUCUGCCCACUUGUGGAUACCUUGAACAGCUGAGGAUUUGUGUGGGUGGGAAGUCUAACGAAGGCUAAUGGGUUUAACAACAUACUUAUGUGCUUUAUACGUUUACCUGCAGUCCAUUCAUCACUCUAAUUUUCAGGUUUAUUUCUUUCUCCUGGGGAAAGUCAGUGAACGCACACAACAAACUGCAACUGAUUUACAGUUUAAUUAAUUCCGGCUGCCUCUAUCUCCUCUCAUCUCCUCUCUGAGUGCCUGUCUCGCAAUCUUUCCACUGCGGCAUUACAGAUGACACAUUUUUGCAGUGCGUCACCAACCUGCAUGUCACAGUGCAUAUCCUCAGCACACACAGUGCCACAUAACUCUUACAGGAGUGACACACGCACAUAAACACUCACCGCCACCUGUAUGUCACUUAUGUGUCAAGUUUAUUUCUUCAUGCUCAUGCUUUUCCUUCUCCAUAAAUGCAGUGCAUCUCUUCCCACCACUGCCUGUUGGAUUUAUGAAGCUCAUGAUGAGCAUUGAGUGCCUGAUGAGGUGUUUGGAAAUCUACUUCCUUCUUCAAGCUUAACCAGUUGUAGCACAGAUUAAUAUCAAUUUCCUUGUUGGUUGUAAUUCUGCAAGGAUUUGGGAAUUCAAUUGUACUGAGUCUUAUGCAGUUUGUCACUCUAGCAGAUCACAUCUUAUACACUUGAAGAGUGACUUUCUUAUCGGCCCCUUUCUGUUCAAAUUAAAGUUUUCUUGACUUUCUGUUAAAAGAUCAUACAUAUUUUCUUAAGCCUACAUUCCAGCUCUAUGAAACCAAAACAUGAACACCUUGGAUGUUUAGAAAUGUGGAAUAGUUGUGUCUAUAACUCUGCAUUCAGUAUACUUGUAUUGCUUUCCAAUAACAAUUGUUAAAUCUUGUCAUCACAUUUCUUACAACAACUUAUUGAUCCUCCUCCUCCUCAAAGAUUUCCCAAGGUUAACAGUAUACAUGUAUACAUAUGCCCCAUAGCAGCCACCAAUGUGCACUGGAUACUAACAGAAGAACGUAAUAGACUGACAAAGGAAAUUAUCUAUUUAGACUGUUGAACAUUUUUAAGUGAGAGCUUUGCUAUUGAUUUGCUGGCCAUUAUUGUGAAAGGCUUGUUGUUGUUUUGUGCUAAAUAACAAAAGGGAUUCAGAGAUCAAGGUGAGAUGCUGACCAGGCUGUUAUACAACCUUUUGUACACUGACAGCUGUUGUUAAACAUAUUGACCAACCGAAACAUCUUGGCAUUGUUUGUCUUUCAGAGAAAUAAAAUGAAGCUUCGUUUA